GGGCGGGAUGGGGCUGCUGCAAGACUGCCAGGCCGCCUUCGGUGCCGCCGACCUGUACGGCGCGCUGGGCGUCCGCCGGGAGGCCUCGCCUGAGGAGAUCCGCCGCGCCUAUCACCGCGCCUCGCUCCGCGUCCACCCCGACCGGGCCGAGCCCGAAACCAAGGAGGAGGCGACGCGGCGCUUCCAGAUCCUGGGCAAAGCCUACGCUGUGCUGAGCGAUGCGGAGCAGCGCGCCGUGUACGACGAGCAGGGCACGGUGGACGAGGAGGGCGAGGCGCUGCGGGCCGAGCGGGACUGGCAGGAGUACUGGAGGCUGCUCUUCAAGAAGAUCACCGUCAAAGAUAUUCAAGACUUUGAGAAGAACUACAAAGAUUCAGAGCAAGAGCUAGCGGAUAUUAAAUCGGCUUACAUGGAUUUUGAGGGUGACAUGGACAGAAUAAUGGAGUCGGUGCUGUGUGUGGACUACACGGAUGAGCCAAGAGUGAGGAAGAUCAUAGAAAGAGCCAUUGAUGCUGGAAAACUCCCAUCCUACAAAGCUUUUGUGAAAGAGUCCAAGCAGAAAACGAUGGCAAGAAAGAGGCGGGCUGAAAAAGAAGCUAAGGAGGCAGAAGAGAGCAGAAAAGAACUGGGCCUCGGUGAUGGAGAAGAUGACUUGAAAGCACUGAUUCAAAGCAGAAAUAAAGACCGAAAAAAGCAGAUGGAUGACUUUUUGGCCCAAAUGGAAGCAAAAUACGGGAGUAAUGCUAAAAAGGGAGGAAAGAAGCCUGCAGCCAAGAAAGGAAAGAAAUAAAGAACUGUGUAUGCUGAAGUGUCAGGUAUCUUUUCAGCUGGGAACACGUGGAUUGAGGAGUUUGAGAGCGUGUGUGCAUCAACUUGAUGUGACUGAGGAGCAUGGCGCAUUGCAAACAAGAAAGACAAAGCAUUCUAGUGCUACUGUUUAAAAUCUUUUGGGUGGUUUUUAGUUAAGGUCAAACCAAUUCUAGUUUAGUAGUUUUGUUACGGUAAGGAAGUGCUGAGACGCCUGGGAUGGCUGCCUGUUUAUUCAACCUGUGCUGAUUCACGCUCAGGACUAUCAGUACUGCUGAUAGUGAAAGAAUAUGGUCCUGCACCUGAGUCUUUGCCACUUGCUCCUGUGGCUUUUGAGUUAGAAACCUUAUCCUUAUGUUGUUCACUUUUCUAACCAAUCUCGUGCAGUUUUUAGAGAUCUCUGCACCACAGGUAUUUUUCAGAGAUUCCACGGGUUUUAUAAAAACUUACGAGAACAGAAGAUUUAAUAAAUGAUUUUGCAGAA